UUUUUGUUUUUUUUUUGUUCUAAAGAAUCCAUUAUACUGACUUAUAAUUAGACUUUCACAAGUUACUAGAAUCCAUAGAAUUGGAAGCUGGUAUGUAAAAGACUUCUAUUAAUAAACCUUUCUCUGAGGUAAAAAAAACACUGGGCAGAAUUUAUAGAAUUAUCUAGUUGAGAUGUAAGUACUAAGUGAUAGUUCAGGGUUAAACAAUUACUCAACAGCCAAAAAGAGUAACUGUGUGUUCUGUCUAGGCCACAAAACUUAAAAUGUUAGCCCAAAAUCAGCAUAUACAUUUCUAGAAUAUUCUGAAAUCUUGAAGGGCGCUGAGUGAUCUGACUUAUCUAGCCUUAUCCUCACUGCCACCAGAGUGCUGCCUCCUUCUAGGUCCCAGACCUACACUCUAUCUUUACUAAUAACAGCCCUGCCCUGUGAUUAACAAACGCUUUACAUGCUCUUGCGGAAGAAAUGGGACAUUUAGAGCCACACUUUCCUUUCUACUUUCAGUGUGCAGCUAUGCAGCUGCCUGCUCACUGAGAGACAAUUUGCCCUAGCGUGGAAAAUACUUAAUGAAACCCUGCAAAAGACAUCAAUUUUGGGUGUUUGUGCUCCCUACCGCACUCCCCCAGACAGGCCUAGUUCACUGCAUAUGGCAACAGCUCAGCAGCGCGUUUUCCCUCUGCGGCGGAGCAAACACGGCUCUAGACACAGCAGCACCGCAAGGAACUUGCACGAGUGGCGAGAUUUUUGGGGUUCAAUGUAAAACAGUAGGGACACUGCUCGCCGCCGCCAAUCACCUUUUAAUCACAGCGAGGGAGGCUGGCACGGAUCGGUACAACAGGGGUCCCAGAAUACUAUGGAUAAGAACUUUCAAGAAGAGAUUACGCAAAUCAUUAAAUUUGAACCUCCUUUGUACAAACAACGCUACCAGUUUGUUAAAGAUUUAGUGGAGAAAUACAAACCUAAGAAGGUGGCAGAUUUAGGAUGUGCUGACUGCAGCCUUCUCUGGAUGUUGAAAUUCUGCAGUUCCAUUGAAGUGUUAGCUGGGCUAGAUGUCUGUGCAGAUGUAAUGAAAGAGAAAAUGCAUACAUUGUCUCCUCUUCCUGUUGAUUAUUUGCAACCAUCUGAAAGAUCCCUAACUGUUACCUUGCAUCAUGGUUCAGUUGCCCACAAAGAUCCUUGCAUGCUUGGUUUUGACUUGGUGACAUGUAUUGAACUAAUAGAACACCUGGAAGAAUCAGAGCUGAAGAAGUUUCCUGAAGUGGUGUUUGGUUUCAUGGCUCCAAGCAUAGUUGUGAUCAGCACUCCAAAUUCUGAAUUUAACUCUUUGCUUCCAAGAGUGAUGUUAUACAGGCAUCCAGACCACAAAUUCGAGUGGAGCCAAGCACAAUUUCAAAGCUGGGCUCUAGAGACUGCUAGAUGCUAUGAUUACUCAGUGGAAUUUACUGGUGUCGGGCACCCACCAGCAGGAAUGGAGAAGGUUGGGUUUUGUACCCAAAUAGGUGUGUUUGUUAGAAAAUAUCCUCAAACUGGUGAAUCUGUUCAGUCUGAGAAACCCAUGGAAGCAGCUUACAAAACAGUCUUCAAAGCAGUGUACCCAAGUCUUAAAGAUGAGAAGUACUUGCAGAAUGCAGUGAUCAAUGAAGUUAUUUUCACAGCCCAAAUCAUUAAGCACCGUUUAAUGUCAAAACGUGAAGAGUACAGUGAUGAUCCUGAGAGAAAAUCCAAAUUCCAAGCUUCAGUGGACUCUUUUUCUGACUAUCUUGGAAAACUGGUUGUUGAAAAAAACAUGGAACCAUUUGUCAGUGGCAAUGAGGUUCACAUACCUCUCAAAACAAUAUUUUCUGUUCCCAAAGUGAAUCGACUUUGUGGUACCUUUGAGAAAUUAUGCAAGCUUAUUGAAGGCAAGGUCACAUUGAGCAGCGAUGGUUCUGCUGUGAUGUUCAAUAUUGAACAUGAAAAUGAAGAGAAUUAGAUCCGAUUUCUCACACAAAAUUCAGCUGAAGUAAUGAAAGUGGUUUUUUUUAGAAGCUGUCAAAUGGUAUGUUCUGUAUGCUAACUAGAUUGCAAAAUCUUUUCUAACCUUCCAUCAGUGGUGUGUAUCUCUCAGCACCUCUCAUUGAGUGUGAGUGCUUCUGACAAAGGUAACAGUAACUCACAGGGGUUUCAAGUAGAGUAUCAGGGGCUAAAAGGAAAUAAUGCCUUCCCAAGAAGAAAAUUAAAUAUUUCUGUUUUCUUUCUACUGCUUUAUUGUAGCUGUCAUUACUAGAUUAUUUCUGGUAGUCUCUUGUUAGCUUCAAGGAUAGUUUGUUUUACCAUCUACUGUGUUGUACUGAACAAUGUGAGUCAGACAUAAGUUUAGGGCAAGUUUUUUCUUAAUUUCUAUAUAAUUUAUAGAUGCCUUUUUCAAGAUGAGUACAUACUCAGUCUUGAUGAAAACCAAAUGUUGUUCCAGCUGAAUUAUGAAACUGACAUAUUUGUUAUGUUUUUGAAAAAAAAUUUAAAAAAUAAAAGAACUGCAGUAAUUGUGAAUGCUAACCUA